CACUAAGACGUUUUAUAAUAACCACUGUUCACAAUAUCUUACAAAAAAAGGUAAAGAUGAUACAGAGCUAUUGUUAUACGAUAAAGCUGAUCCAUCACAAUAUCAGUCUUUCCCAUAUUAGCCUUGAUACGGCAUACUAUGGACUAAAACAGAAGAAGUAUAAACCUGUGUGUUGAAGCUGCUUCUGCCUCAGCACCACAGAAGGCCAGCCAUGGCAGGUCAUUAAAAAUAAACUUGUUCCCACUCCACCUGUUCAAAACGCUAUUAAUCUGCUGCCUUCCAAUAGAAGGCUUGGCUUUGACCCGGAAGCCAAUAGAAACACAAGAGCUGCGGGACCCCGACCAAUCCAAGGCAGCAUUCUAAUGUGUCCUUUCUUUAUCAAGGUGCCACUCCAAUUCAAGAUACUGCUUAUUUAUUACCCCCGAGGAGAGAGCAGGGAGGAGAUAUUUGUCUUAAGGAGCAACUGUGAACACUGUUUCUUAGGUGGCACAACACCGGAUGUUGAUUUUGGAACUGUCACCUUCAGUACAAUGGCACAAAGCAGGUGAAGGAAGACAGUGAAGAGGUUUUAUGCUGGCACCUGCCCUCUGCUGUCAUAGCCAGCUAGAGAGACACCACUGCAGAUACCAGUGACCUGGAGUAAUCUAGUCCUCAGAUAGGGGACAUUGGCAUCAGCAUCAUUGUUCAUCAUUUGAAAAUCAACAGACUGGAUUAAGAAAUAAGAACACAAUCAACGAAUCCGUAUUCAUCCAGUCUUGGUGAGAGAGGUGAACGUGAACCUUUGUGGGCCGCACUGGGUCUUUUCAUGACUGUACCUUGUUAGGUGAGUUGGUGAAAUCUGGAAGUGGAGGUACUUCUCAUGGAUUCCAACAUACCGGGGUCUUUCCUGUUCAACAACAGCCUGAACCAGUUCUCCUCGGACUUAAAGGCACCUGUGUGUCAGUAUUCAGUGCCCAACUCCUUCUACAAGCUUAACCCAAGCCUGAACAGCCAGCUGCAGGCAGCAGGCACACCCCACGGCAUCAGUGACAUCCUCAGCCGUUCCAUGAUGGGCGCUACGGGCACUACCACCCUGCUGUCUGGAUACCCCACCAUGGGGGGUUUUGGCACCGUGGCCACCCCGGGGGUCUACUACAACCGUGCAGACUACAAUCCCUCGCUGGGCGGCUUCACCAAGCCUGGCGCUGAGUGCGCCAUGAAGGGUCGCAGUGGCAGCUGCUGGGUAGAGAGCGGGUACGAGUGGAGAGGAGGGAGGCAGCAGUGCAAUAACAACAUUGGGCAUCUAGAGGAUAUUUCAGGCAGGAAGAAGCACACCAGACCUACAUUCAGUGGACAUCAGAUAUUUGCCCUGGAGAAAACCUUUGAGCGGACCAAGUACUUGGCCGGGCCAGAGAGAGCUAGACUGGCUUACUCCCUGGGCAUGACAGAGUCACAAGUCAAGGUGUGGUUCCAGAACCGCCGCACCAAGUGGAGGAAGAAGAGUGCCUCAGAGCCCAGCUCCACCCAAGCCACGCAGGGCGAGCAGGGAGGGGAGGCCUCGGAGAACGAGGUGGAGGAUGAGGAGUACAACAAGCCUCUGGAUCCCGAGUCAGACGACGAGAAGAUACGACUGCUGCUGCGGAAACACCGCCGGGCUUUCUCUGUACUCCGCCUUGGACCACACCACGUCUGACACAUACACACAAAAGCUCCCACGCACACACAGGCACAGACACACACGCACACAUCAGAUGUGCAUGUUGUAGCAAGAGGUAGGGUUAAACAAAUUUUGUAGUACAGACCAACAACUAAAUAUUCAAGCAUGUUAAAAAAAUGUCACAUUUAUAAUACAGUAAGUUUAAGGAGAAAAAAGGGUAAUGGUUCACAUGAAGUGAUGCCUUGACGUACAGUAUUUGUAACCAUAAUGGAAACAGAGGGAAGAUGUUACCAUGAAAUGAUGGGUGAAACACUUUAAAUUGAAAAUAGAACUCAUCAAUGAGUUUCAAUGAGGCAAAUGGUUAACUGUUAUGUAGGAAACCCAUCAUGAUCUAUUAUCCUCAGCUACACUAUCGGGGAAUUUUGAUGGUUGCAUCAAACGUGAAAGGAAAUAGUUUAUCAUGUGUACAUACACACUAUAGCAGACCAAAGCUGAAUAGAUGAUAUGUAAACCAUGGAUAAUGCAGUUGACAGUACCUGUUUGAUUUGAAUAGAAUAAAACCGUCAGGUCAAGGACUUUUUAUUUUAGUUCAUCAAAUUAAUUUGCUUGUUGUACUCUUAACAUUCAAUGUCCAUUUGAACUUGUUUCACAGUCAACUGCUGUACUAUGAACACAGAAUAUUUAUAUUAUUAACUUUGAUUAAUUUAAUUGAGAGCCUGGCAAUGCUGUUUUAUUUAACACUGGCGUUGAGGGCACACAUAUCAAGAUAAGUCUUGACCUUUUAUUUCGACUAAUGUGUUGCUAAUGUCAUGCAGACAUGCAAGCUUUCAUGACAUUUGAGGGUUUCUGCGCAUCCAAAUUAAGUUGCAUAAGGAUAAUGUAAAUUAAUGAUUCCCUUUCUAAUUGUACAAUAAAUUAUUGUGAAUUAUUUAUUGAAUACAAUGGUGCAAUGAUUUUGUCAUGCCUUGGUUUUUCAGUAAUUGUUUUCAUAUAAAAGACAACAAUCCCCAAACAAACAACUUAUACUGUGUUGUGUCUGACAUCUAAACAGGCAUUGAAGUCUAUAUCAGCAAUAGAGUUGUUGAUACAUUACAAGUGACAGCUAAGACAGAUGGGCGGUAGGAAAGGCACAAUCAUUGAGUAGAAGUGAGGGGUCAAAAGCCAAUCCCAAUGUGAUCUAUGUAGUUACCAGGGUGCUGGGAUUGGACUGGCUGAACUGUUCUGUGUAGAAGACAAAGCCAUCCGACCUAUCCACGCCAUCACAAAAUCAAUGCUACUAUUCUAUUUCAUUCACUAAUUGAAUAUCUCUCACCCCUGGCCCCUGCAGCUCAGUGCUGUUUGCCAUUAGGACAGAUGCUAAGGGAGUAUGUGAGGGUGUGCCCAGCACCAGGGAAAAACCUGCAUUGUGCUUGAUUACUGUUGAAACAAUUAUGCUAUUGUUGAUAGUAAAACAUCAACAAGAUACUAGUCUCCCUAGGCAGACGGGUUGCCUCCCACAAUGUGAACAAUGUUCCAGGUCUGGGAUUUCUGAGACUAACAAGAUGUUAACGUCAAGAGUGAGGUCGCACUUCAGUUCAAGCACUGUCUACAUCACCAGAUAGAGAGGAUAUGUUAACAGCAGCACGAUACAGACUACAAACUUUGAGAAUAUUCCCAGAUGAAUAUACUGUACCAGAUACAUUUCUACUACUAAAAGUUCUAUAAAACAGGAGAGAAAAGGCAGUGGUAAAGGCUGGGAAACGCAGCUAUGAGAAUAGCUGAAGAGCAACAUUGAUAUCAGUCUUGGUAUGGUUGGGAAACGAAACCUGUGCUGUAUCACUGAAUCUAGGAAACUCUCAGAACACCUUAGGCCGUUCUGGUGCAGCUUCAUAUGAAAGUGAAAAUGAAAAAACUGAUUUCUGAGAAUAUCCCAGUUCUGUGAAACUGCAUAAGUUCUUCAUAAAUGAGACAUGCAUAUUCAUGUGAUCUCCUUUACUAAAAUCAUUCAGCAUCUAGGCCAGGACAGGCCAUUUCCAUUGUUUUUGUUGCUCACUGCAACUGUACUUUUUCUGCUGAUUAUUUUGCCUAGCCCUUGAUAAAUCUAAGGCAACGGUAUUGGAUCAACAUUUGUCUUCCAAAAUGCAAUAAUGGUAAGGAUCGGAUGCAGAGCAACUCACACUUUCAGUUGGCUUUUUCUUACUUGAGCCUUAAAAGGGUAUCGAUCGAAACAACUUGGCCAGUUCUGACUGUCCGAAAUAGCCAGCCCAUUCCACCUUGAGAGGGCACGUUUAAUAUCCCAUCUAUUUCACACAAAGUCCUAUCAAUAUGCAGGCUCACUUUUUCUCUCUCCAACCAAAGAGGCAUGUCUCAGACUGGGCUGAAUUCUCAAACCAUAGAAUGUGAAUAAAUAACAUGGCUAUAAUUUUCAAAGUGAAAGUAAGACAUUUAGCAUGUGUCAAAUCAAAUAAAAGUUUACCUAUUUCAGCAUGACCUCUCCAAAACAACUUGCAGUGAUCUGUGUGUGUUCCUCCCUGACAACAAGUACAACCCAUCUUAACCCAGUUGAUGGGAACUGUUUAAGGACACUCCACCACAAGCAUUGGAGAUUGCAGGCAUUCUCGUUUCAUAAAUUAGGCCUACAUUAAAAGGUGUGGUAUGUCGUCUAUGGUAUGUUACA